CCGAAAACGUAUUUAGCCAAUCAGAUCUCGUUUUUUCGUGACACUUGCUUCCGUCACGCAGUCAGGAUAGCGAUGCAAAUCAAUAUCGCAGGAGAGCUCCCAGUGUUAAGCGACGAUAAAGAGAAGGCUAAAAGACGGGUGCAAUCGAUAAGAGAGGUUGUAGGACGGACGGACAGACAGACAAGUUUGUCGGUUACGAGUCCCAUAAACACCACGUAAGCAUUGGUGCAUCACGAAUCGUUAUAGAAUAUCGUAAACAGUGCUGUAACUUACGAAUGCGCAAGAAAGCUUAGUCCCCCCCUCCACCUCGUCAUUUUCCAAGCUGCUUCUGCGUACCAAUGCGAUUUAAACUGUUCCUGUUCGUUCUCGUCAAUAUCUUCGCCACUGUCAGCAAUGGCUCUAUACUCACCGAUUCAGACUCUAACACGGGUAUAGGACUCAUUGACACUGACGACAAAAUGCGCCAUCUCAGGGGUACUUUAAAUCAUGCCAAGACGAACGACGAAGAGAGGAUCGCGCCUGUAGCGGCGUUCGCAGCUGGUUAUCUCGGAGCGCAGCAGGCCAGAAUGAGAGCAGAACAACUAGCUAAACAGGGCGGCAAAGUAGCUGCGGCGAAUCAUGCAACGCAGACAAACAAAAUCGGUGUGGACAAGAUUUCGGGUGCGCUGACUAGCGCCUCGAAGAAGGAUCGAGCCGGAGCUAUAGCAUUUUUCGCUACUCUCCUCGGGCUACCUUUGGCGGCCGGCGCAGUCAUUUUGCUACUGGCUAAAUCACACCAUACCACCUCUGGCGAGCAAUAGCGAGAGGUAGAAUGAAGUCAAUAAUGCUGACUAGAAACCUCAGUUGUGAACCACACAGGUUUGAUACAUUCCGC